AUGGAUAACGAGGUUGAGAAAAAUAUUGAAAUUUGGAAGGUCAAGAAAUUGGUUCAAGCUUUAGAAAAAGCUAGAGGUAAUGGUACUUCUAUGAUUUCUUUGGUUAUUCCUCCUAAAGGACAAAUCUCACUUUACCAAAAAAUGUUGACAGAUGAAUACGGUACUGCGUCAAAUAUUAAAUCCAGAGUUAAUCGUCUUUCCGUCCUAUCUGCUAUUACUUCCACUCAACAAAAGUUGAAGCUGUAUAACACCUUACCCAAGAACGGUCUGGUUUUGUAUUGUGGUGACAUGAUCACUGAAGAUGGUAAAGAAAAGAAGGUUACUUUUGACAUUGAACCAUACAAACCUAUCAACACAACAUUAUAUAUGUGUGAUAAUAAGUUUCAUACAGAAGUUCUUUCCGAAUUACUGCAAGCAGAUGAUAAGUUUGGUUUUAUAGUAAUGGACGGUCAAGGUACUUUGUUUGGUUCCGUUUCUGGUAACACGAGGACUGUUUUGCAUAAAUUUACUGUCGAUUUGCCAAAAAAGCAUGGUAGAGGUGGUCAAUCUGCUCUUCGUUUUGCUCGUUUAAGAGAAGAAAAGAGACAUAACUACGUCAGAAAAGUCGCUGAAGUUGCUGUUCAAAAUUUCAUCACCAAUGACAAAGUUAACGUGAAAGGUUUAAUCUUGGCCGGUUCCGCCGAUUUCAAAACCGAUUUAGCCAAAUCCGAACUAUUUGAUCCAAGAUUGGCGUGUAAAGUUAUUUCCAUUGUAGAUGUUUCGUAUGGUGGUGAAAAUGGUUUCAACCAAGCUAUCGAACUAUCUGCAGAAGCUUUAGCCAAUGUUAAAUACGUCCAAGAAAAGAAACUACUGGAAGCAUACUUUGACGAAAUUUCUCAAGAUACAGGUAAAUUCUGUUACGGUAUAGAUGACACUUUAAAGGCUUUAGAUUUGGGUGCAGUGGAGAAGCUAAUUGUUUUCGAAAAUUUAGAAACUAUUAGAUACACAUUCAAAGACGCUGAAGACAAUGAGGUCAUAAAAUUUGCCGAACCAGAAGCCAAGGACAAGUCGUACGCCAUUGACAAAGCCACAGGACAAGAAAUGGAUGCUGUCACUGAAGAACCUUUGAUUGAAUGGCUAGCUGCUAACUACAAGAGCUUCGGUGCCACUUUAGAAUUUAUCACAGAUAAGUCUUCUGAAGGUGCGCAAUUCGUGACCGGGUUUGGUGGUAUUGGUGCAAUGCUACGUUAUAAGGUUAACUUUGAGCAACUACUUGAUGAAUCUGAAGAUGAAUAUUACGAUGAAGAUGAUGGAUCUGAUUAUGAUUUCAUUUAA